AUGAGUGCUCAGUCUCGCGCUGCACAGACGCCUCCGCACCUGGACUCGGAGAGUGUAGCGUCGGAACCAACUUCUACUUCACAUAUGCCGAUGCAUCACUACCCGGAGGACCAGCAUCAGGAACAGCACCAAAAUACGGCUCCUUAUAGAGACCGCGUAGAGGAAGAUGAUCCGCCUCCAACCUACACCGUGGUCGAUAACGAAGGGCCUCAUCCAAAUCCCUUCGAUCUCCAUCCUGUGAGCACAUCGUCUCUCGGCAUCCAUCCCUUCAAGGGAACAUCAAACGACAACACCGUCUACUAUCUUGACAAGCGUCUUGAUACAGACCCUGAGUUUCUGGAGCAGCACAUCAACGACCUCGCUAAGGAACCUCCCCGGCCGUAUGUUCGUAUCCGGGGCCUUGACCGCAAAUCUGGUCAGAAGAAUGGAAUUGACUUUGACAUCCACAUUGAACUCACACCGCUUCUGUACCAAGAGAUGGCCACUCGACGAUCCUGGAGACGCAUCCGCACUGUGAACAACUUUGACAAAGUCCGUCGCGGAACGUCUAACAAGACGCGUGCGCCGGGAUUCGGUGGCAGCGGACCACCUGAAGAGGGCACGCCGGGCGUAGCGCAGUGGUGCUAUCGGUAUUGUGCGAGUAAGGCCGGCCUUAAAGCAUUUGUGCUAGAGCGACGCAUUACAGGUUGGGAUUUUGCCCUCGUCGGGUCCAGGCUGGAGACUCUUGUGCGGGAGACAGGGUAUCGUGGGAAGAUCGAUAUCACGUUCCCCACGACGAAUGCACGUGUGGACAUAUACAACGCCUGUAUAGCAAACCGAUGGCGUCUCACGCGAUGGAUUGUCCUGAUUUUUUACUUCACCCUCUUAUGGCUGUUUACAUGGCCGUGGAUAUCACUCCGGAUGCGAUGGUAUGAGACGGUUUACGUGGAGUGGUCCAUGAGUCGACCCGACAGACAGGGCACGCUGCGGUACGCAUGUAUGAGCGAAGACCAAUGGUACCGACUCUGGCGCAGACCGAUCCAGCAAGCCAUCAAGACGAGACGACGGGGACGACUAAGCCAAGACGACAUCAACGAUGCGUAUGUUGCACCUGGGGCGGUGGCUUAUGCGAGGGGCAUGAGAGCUGGUCUGGAGGUUCUACAGAGGACUUUUGGAUGGGGAGGAGAUGGAGAGGACAGUGAAAGACAUUAG